GCAACCCCAUGGAAACACGGGGAGUUGCGUGCUCUGCCGCCCACAGUGUGGCGUCAGCUGUCAGACCAGACGCGUUUGACUCGCGCUUUCAGCUCGCACACACGGAGAGAUGAAGGUUACCCUAAACAUCUGCCCGACGAUUGCUGCACUUUAAGAGACUUGCCUAACCAGCAGAUGGCAGAAGUGACCGUGGUUUCCUCUCCACUGUGACCUUGCCCCGCAGUUAGAGGGUCAAACAACCGCCCACUUUCCUCUGGACAAAAACACGCACACGCACACGCACACGCACACAGCGACAUUAGCCGUGCCCGCGUCACACGCUGUUCAGAUCAAAUAAAGGCAAAGAGGUGGCAGCUGAAAAACAAGGUGGCAGCUGCACGAGUGGAGCCGAAGGGAAACCACCAGUUUGUUCGAGUUCAGAAGUGUGUCCGAUGGGCGGAGGAGCCACCAGGCUGUACAGCACUCUGACUCAGGCCCUCAGUGGAAGCCCCACUCUGCCCUUCCCUCCGUCCCACCUGGACCCCCACCAGCCUGAGAACACAAACCUGGAUCCAGACUUCUGCCAGGAGCAGAGGGGAUCCCCUGUAUGUCCCCCUGAUCCAGUAGAGCUGCUUCGAAAGUGUGAGGAGGCCCUCAGAGACAGACCACCUCGCUUCCACAGGAAGUUCAUUAAGAUAAAUGAAGGAGACAGCGCCACCAUCAUCCCCAUCAGGGUGAUGCAGUGGAACAUACUUGCCCAAGCUCUGGGCGAGGGACUUGACAGUUUUGUCCAGUGUCCGCUGGAGGCCCUCAGCUGGUCCCGCAGGAAGUAUCUCAUCUUAGAGGAGAUCCUCACCUACCGACCUCACAUCCUGUGUCUGCAGGAGGUCGACCACUACUAUGACACCUUCCAGCCGGUUCUGACAGGCCUGGGUUACAGCAGCGAUUUCUGCCCCAAACCUUGGUCGCCCUGCUUGGAUGUUGAGGGCAACAACGGCCCGGACGGCUGCGCGCUCUUCUUCGAUCACUCACGAUUCGAGAUCCUGGAAAGCAUGAGCGUACGGCUCUCUGCCAUGAGGAUUCCAACCAAUCAGGUUGCCGUAGUGACAAUGCUACGUUGUCGAACCACAGCAAGGUGCAUGUGCGUGGCUGUGACCCACCUGAAAGCCCGUUCUGGCUGGGAGUGGCUCCGCAGCGCUCAGGGCUCCGACCUCCUGCGACACCUCCAGAAUCUGGUCCAGAGACACGUCGGCGGUCCCGAGGGCGACCUGAGCUCUGACAUUCCUCUGCUCAUAUGUGGCGAUUUCAACGCGAUCCCAUCUGAGGAGGUGUACCGACGCUUCAUCACAUCACCUCUCAGUUUGGACUCGGCCUAUAAGAAACUCAGCCAAGACGGUUUGACGGAGCCAAUUUACACGACAUGGAAGAUCCGGCCCACGGGGGAAUGUUGCACCACUCUGGACUACAUAUGGUACAGUCAGGACACACUGAGAGUGGACGCGGUGUUGGACAUGCCCACUGAGGAACAGAUUGGACCAAACAGGCUUCCAUCCUUUAGCUAUCCGUCUGACCAUCUUUCUCUGGUUUGUGACUUCAGCUUUAAAGAGAAAGAGUGAGAACGAGGCAAGGAAUCGGCAACACAGGAAGGGACGACGAGUUGAGGAUUGGCUCCUGGUUGGCUUCACUCCAUGAGCUUGGUGGGCGGAUGAGACGCCAGGUCUGAGUGAAACGACGAGGAUGAAGCCAGGAGGCAGAGAUACCAGAGUGGGAAGCAGAAAAGUCAUAAAGCUGACGCUGCAGUUGCAGGGUUAAACACUGCAGCGACGCAGUCUGCGUCCCCAAACCCUAACUCGUGUGUUUUCUACACCGGGUCACCGUCCUGUACCUUCAUCCAGACUCUCAAACGAAUGAGUAGGAUUUGAAAUUGUUCUCUACUUUAUAAUAAUACUAAAAAAAUCGAACUGUUCAACUGAAACUGUAGUAAAUGUGCUUCACACUGCCAAUGUACUACAGACUGGUCGACAAUAAAGUGUUUCUGAUGUUU